GUACGGUGAAGUUGGUUGCGAUAUGUUUAUAAACACAUAAGAAGGUGACACACAUAUAUGCAUUCAUAAAAUAUUACUGUUUAAAAAGUGAUAAAUAUGCUCCAACCUGAUUCAUCUCUUCCACCUCCAAAUACCUUUGAAGUUUCUGACGUUCAAACACACCAGCCACACUCAACAGAGCAUGCAAAGCGGAAACAUUCAACAGAGCUAUCAGGCGGAGACAGAAACAAGGAUGAAAAAUCAAAUGAAAAAUCAGUGCCUUUACAUAUAAGAUUUGUUAAUUUUGAACCGAAACAAAUGACUUGUCCACAUUGUCAUAAACAUAUAACGACAGAGUUAAUAUUUCAUCCAGGAGAGACAACCUGGUCAUGGUGCAUUUGCUGCUUUUUAAUGGGAUGCGUACUUGGUUGCUGUUUUCUCCCGUUUUGCAUGCAGAGGUGUAGAGAUGUGACACAUUAUUGUCCACAUUGUCAUCAUAAAAUAGCUAAAUAUCAUCGUAGUGAUCCAACAAACCAUAGAAGAUUAUAAUGUUACGUUCGUUUAUACUUUUCUCUUUUAAAGGCGUGGAUUACAACGUCAAUUUUUUUUCUCGAAAAUAUUUGUAGUGUAUGCAUAUCAUAUACAUGUUAUUUGUUGUUGUUAUUUUAUUAAGAAGGAAUUUCCAGCUAGGAAAUAUUGCAAAUAAUUUCAGGAAGAGGAUGAAAAGCAAUGGUACUUUACAAUAUAAGGGUAACAAUUCUACUAAUAAAUGACUAAAUUAGUUUUAAAAGGGACAUUCUCAUCAUUUAAGCAGUGUGUAAAUAACUCAACUCAAGUAAUUGACAAUGUCACAUUAUAUUUAUUGUUUAAGAGUAAUAUGCAUAUGUGCCAGUUGUUAUUGAAAAAUAAAAUAACACUCUAUCAAUUUGGUACGUCUAGAUUUACAAUUAAUGGGAACGCAAACAAUAAAAUUACAAACACCCCCAUUGAAAGCCAAUGAUAUAUACAAGUUC